UAUUUAUGAUUGCCUCCAAUAUUGCCAUCACCCUAGAAUCCAUUGCAGAGAAUGCCUCCACCAUGACAGACCACCUUCAAGUUCAGCAACAGAAGUUGGAGCUACCGCCGGGGUUUAGGUUCCACCCGACGGAUGAGGAGAUCAUAAAAUUCGAUGUGGUCCCCAAGGUGCUCGAUGAAGCCUUCGUCGCUGCGGCAAUUGAGGAUGUGAACCUCAACAAGUACGAGCCAUGGGAGCUACCGGAGAAGGCGAAGAUGGGGGAGAAGGAGUGGUACUUUUACUGCCGAAAGGAUCGCAAGUACCCCACCAGGAUACGAACGAACCGGGCGACGAAUGCUGGCUAUUGGAAGGCCACCGGAAAGGACAAGGAGAUCUUCCACCCACCGCUCACACUCAUCGGCAUGAAGAAGAUGCUCAUCUUCUACAAGGGCAGGGCGCCUAGGGGGGAGAAGACCAACUGGAUCAUGCAUGAGUAUAGGCUUGAGAGAAACAAGCAGCUCACAUCCAACCCGUCCACCGCAACCCGCACCGUCACCAUCACCAAUGCGGCUUCCAAGGAACAGUGGGUGGUUUGUAGGAUCUUCCAUAAGAGGGCCGGACUGAAGAAGGUGGUGAUGCCUUCAUAUGCCAUGCCAAUGUCCAUCGGAGCGGAACAUCAGCAGGGGUUCGCCGACUUAGAUACAUUGCCUCCUCUCAUGGGCUAUGAGAUGUCGUCAUCGCUCGCAAAUCCAAUGUUGCUUCCUACAACUUCUCCAUACCAAUUGCGCGACAUCGGUGCUGGCUCAUCCAUGAUGGGUAGCGUGGUGCUUCCUAUUAUGAAUGACCACUACGUCAGGAACCACCACCAGCAGAUGAUAUCAGACCCAACACCACCAUUGUCGUUCUACCAACAACAUCAGCAGAUGAUGAUGUAUGUGGGUGCAGAUCAGGGUUUCAUGGUCGGGGCUGAGCCUGGGUGUGGGCCAUCGUCGAUGGUGCCACUGGAAAAUGCCGUGACCGGGCUGAGCAACAACUACCAGGGGAACGCCGCCGCAACAGCAGUUGGCAAGACCUCGCCGAUGAACAUGAGUAUGGAUGACAUGUGGAAGUACUGA